UAGAGGCGCGCCGCGUAUUGGCUUGGCGUUCAAAUCUGUAGCGGCAAUUGUGGUAAUUCUGCGGCGAAUUGAAUAGCUUCCCAGCAUCCGCAGCCUCUCAGCAUCGCACGGCUCCUACCAACUGCAGGGGCUAGCUGUACUCCACACUACAAAAGGCAGCUGUGCCGCGACGCCGCCGCGGAGCCAAUCAAACCAUGACCGACUCCUCCGACGACGACCUCUUCUGCUCGCCACGAACCACGAAGAAAGCCAAGCCGCCGCCCAAGAAGAAGGCCAAGACGACGUCGAUCUUAGAUCAAGUGAUGGCGGCCGACGCGAAGACCGAGGCAAGGGUCAACCAGCUCAAGGAGAUGAACGCCGCCUCGCGGAAAGAUCUAGGAGAGCAGGCACCGUCGACGGGCGUGGCCAUCGACUGGGAUUACAUUCGGAGGAAGCCCGGUUCGAUCGCGGCGCGCGCGGAGGCGGCCGUCCGGGCUGUCGACGAAAGGCCCAGUGAUACCGGCGUGGAGGUCGUGCUGGGGUGUUCGUCGGUGCGUCGCGUCCGUGUGCCUGAUCAAGAUAAAGCUGAGCGAUUGCUACGUGACGCGCGCGAUGGCUUGAGCACGGAGGGCGAGCUGGCCACGGCCUUCGCUUCUCUGAUCAAUGAUGAUGCUUCCAAAAAAACGCCGGCGGCGCGGAACGCUUUACUAGAGGCGCUGGGCGGCCGCUACGCGGCGCGCCACCCCGACGAAGUGCCUCAAUCAUUGACGAGGUGGCUCCAACUCACCGCCGCCCUCGACGCGCGGCCGGCCGUGGCGCGCGGCGCGCUCGAGACACUGGUCGAGAUGGACCAGCGGAGCCUCGACGAAGGUAUCGUGGACGACGUCCUCGCGCUCUACGUCGCCGACGCGGACGUGCCCAAGGACGAGGACGCCUGCCGGCGCCUCGACCGCGCGUUCCAGGCCUGGAGCGCCUCAUUUGGACACGGCGGCUUAUCAAACGAGGCGCUGCAGCGCGUCGCGGAGCGAUGCAUUGACCUGGCACACGACGAAAACGUCGCGACGUCGAGUGGCGGCGCGGCAGCAGCAAGGCGGUGCGUAGAAAGUGCGCUGGCGGCGCUCGCCGACGCCGGUGGCAGUAUCGACGCGGGCGACCCUUGUUCUUCGCGCGACGCGGCGCGGCGCUGCAUUUCCAUCCUGCGGGCACUGCCGCCGCCCACGUCCGAUUUGAGAUGGGCGGCGAUUCAGGGAUGCUGCCGGGUCAUCUUCGCCGCCACGCUGAAGGAGCAAGCGCCCGCGGCCGACGUGAGUCCAAUAGAGGCCUGCGCGGCGGCGUUGCGCGCCGUGCCCGGCGGCGACCCGCCCCUGGGCGCGCACGCGACGCUCUACGCUCUUUUAUGUGCAGUGGCCGCGCUCCAUUCAAUCUGUGGCGACGCGGUCUCGAGUGACCACGACGCCGUCGCGAACGCGGCCGAAGCUUUACGGAAGCGCGUCGUGUCGCUCGACGCGACGGCGGCGCGCAACGCCGAGUUCCUGGACACGUUGAUCGCGACGUGCCAUUUAGAUCGGGACGCGCGCGCGCGGAAGGGCUUGGUGCAAAGGACUAUUGACGCGGCGGUUGUCGCGCCGCCUCCUCCGGAGGCUUCUUCGCCGGGGGCCGCCGCCGCCGCGGGGGAAUAAUCUUGUCUUAGUCGC